UAAAAAUAUAUACAGGAACCUACCAGAUGGAGUUUUAUAUUAAGUUUUAUCUUGUUUUUUCCUUAUUAUUUUUGAACAAACACAACUGAAAUGGUGGGGAGGGGAAAAAGAUAGAAUAUUCUAAAGGGAACAAAAGGUCAAAGUCUGUCUUUAAUGUGAAUGCAAUUUGACUUUUUAAAGUAUGCCCUCUCAGUCUUUCUUUGUAGGAGCCCCUUACAUUAAGUCAGUACUUGGUGAUAUCCUCAAGACUUUAUUUGAUUACUCCUACUUAGGGUGGUUCAGGCUGUAUUAACAAAAACUCUACUGCAAACUGACUUAAACAGUCAGAAAAUGUCAAAUCUCAUAAAAAAUAAAAGUUCUUUCCAUCAGUUGGAUUGAGUUGGCUUUAGAAUCAGUGUUCCGCAUCUUAACAAAUUAUAGUUGGGAGGGGAAUACAUGCAUAGAUUGGCAAAAAUGUAAGCUUUCUGAACCAAUUACUGGGGGGUUAAAAGUGAAGGGAUUACUCUGACUGGUUUAGGCUGAUCAGGAUCGCCCCUGGAGCUGAGGGCAAGUCCUGAAACCGUGUUGAUGCCACGUGGAGGAGGGAGAGGGGACGAGUUGGAAGAGUUCCGUCAUACUGUCCACUGGGGUUUCUUAACUGCCCUUCAAAUAAAGUAUGAUGUAUAACUGACCUCUCUGUGCCUCAUAAUAAUUUUUGAGGAAUGUCAUUGUUCGUGCUGGAAGAUGGGCUCAUGGGGGUAUCUUUUACUCUUCUCUACUCCAUGCAAAUUCCAUAACAAAAAGUUAAAAAAAAAAAAGAAAAGUGGGACACAAAAAAUACAGGGUAAGUGAUGGAUGCUUACUGUACCCUUUUUCUAGGUUGGUGUGUGUUUUUCAAUCAUCCUGCUUCCUUUCUUUCUCCUCUGCUUGUAUGUAGAAUGAACAUGUAAUUCCCCUCCUCAAAGCCUAAUUGGCAUAUUCCUUAAUUAAAGUUGACACUAAUACUUCGGUAUUUACAUAGAAGAGCAAUAGCAUAGUAUUAGAGUGAACACAGGUUCACAGGUUUUGAAGUUACAACUUGGCUUUCAAACCAGACUCCCCCCUGUACCCUCCCCACAGUAGCUAUGAGAGCAUUGGCAAGUGACUCCUCUCUGAGCUUCAAUUUCCUCUGUAAAAUGAGGAUAAUAAUACCUGUCUCCUAGGGUUAAAUGAUUAGGAUAAAAAAACUAGAUGUAAGUUUCUAGCACAUCACCUAGCUUUUGUUAAACUCCAAUUAUGAUUAUUUUCUUCUCCGUGAGGCUCAAUUAUCCUAGCCCAAUUUGAUAGAUAUGGUAGCAUUAUUGUAGUUAAAUUAUAGGCGUGGAUUGUGAAGUUAUUAGAGCCCAUUCCUGAAUGACUUUUCCCAUUAAGCUGCUUCCUACAUUUGGAACAUUUGCUGGGCCUUUGCAUUUCACAGUCAUAGCUAGUUCCUUAUAGUCAUUGGACAAUAUUAAGUUUCAGCUGUGGGGAAUUAGGUUUUUCUGACCUAAGUCUGAUAAAUUGUCUCAAAAGGGAACUAGUCCUUUAUCCAACAUAUACUGCAAAUACACUUGUUACUCCUCAGUAGUAAAAAUGUAACAGUAUAUGAUGCUCAUGCUGUCACAUCUUUCAAGUAUGAUGAACAUUCAUACCUGAAAGAUAGAAAUACAUUUAUUUCUCAAGAUACUGUUCAUUUCUGAUUUCAUACAAAAUAAUAUGCAAGAGUCUUUUAGUAUAGUGCGUUUUGUAAUCAAUAGCUUCUAAAUAGAUGUAAAAUGUAUGCUAUUUUCUUUUAAUACUUUUUUUCUCUCUUGUUUAAAUGGGAAAAACCUACUUCCUCUUCCAUUAUGGAAUUAUGUAACCUAGGCUGUCCUUCAGAUUUCAUAUUCACGCUUAUUAGCCAGUUCAGAAGUAAAAGCAAUACCUAAUCGCAGCUAGAUGUGUUUAGGAUGUACUUUAUAUAUAGAAAGAACAUUUGAUUGGGUUAAUUUUAAUAGGAAAUAACAUGAAAUAAUAUUUCCAUUGAUAAAAAUGACUUAAAUUUUAUUAAAGCAAAAGCUACAAGUGGAAUUCAUACUUAUGUUUAGGGAUUUUCUUCUUAAGUAAUCACCUCUUAAUUAUCUAGGGACAAGUAUUCAGAUAAGAGAUUAGUCAGCAGUUCCCAUCGAAUGUGUUGCAAGAUGGCACUUCGUCAGGAAUUGAAUAUUCUCAGCCCUUUGAAGCCUAUCCUAAAGUGUUUGUUUUGGGGUGUCUUUGUAAACGUCUUCCAGCUGCUGCAUUAUUUCAGACGUGAGGAUUCUGUAUCCCAGUAAGAACCACAACAGCAGUGGCGGCUGAGUGCCAGGGCACUGCUGGGGUUCUGCCUUUUCCUGUUCUGUACUGAGUGGGUCACGAGGAGGUGGUAGGAGUUGUUCUGCCUCAGCACAGGUAGGCCCAUAUUUAAAUUGGUUAUGAUGGCCUGCUACGUCCUCUAACUCAAUGAUAAGGAAUUUUUUAUAAAUGAAGAAAAAUUCUUUAUAGUCAAGCAAACUAUCAUAGUUUUAGACUUUACUAAACUUCCUUUGUCUGGACCUCUUUUCCUUGUCUCAGCUUGGUGUUGGGAAUUAAGGACACAGUGUUUCACCUGUGUACGAUUCAAGAGUUGGUGGCAGCAACUCCCCUGUCUUUUAUCCAUUUGUUUCUCUUUUCUCUGCUGUUCUCUUUUGGCUUAUCCUCAUCCGUCUUUUCUCCUCUCUACUCCUUGCUUUAGUCCUCUUUUCUGUCCCUCUCUGUUUGCGUCCCUUUUCAUUUGUGUGUGUGUGUGUGUAUGUAUAUUGAUAUAAGAAAGGUUCACUCCACAUCCUCAUUUCUCACUAGCCUAUUGAGAUCUAGAAUACUAACUAAGCUUCCUUUUAUGCAUCUAACAGAAACAAACAGAGAAAAGAUAAAAAUGAUGGUUAAUUUUACUUGCUUUCUUCAUAUGUUUGUGUUAGCUUGAACCAUAUAAAGUGACAAUAUUGUUUUCAUCUACAGAAAUACGUUUAAUCUAACACUUCCCUAAGUAGCCUGCAGUCCAGAAGUAGGAUUUGGAAAUUGAUUGGAUGAGAGCCCUGAGUAGGAGAGUUGCAUAUUUUCUAGAGGGUCUGGCUUAGAUAACUGGGUAGAUCAGAGUGUUGUCCUGGUGCCAAUACCACUGACGAAGAUGGAGAAGAUUGAGAAGGGUGCGUUGUUUUGUUUUUAAGGGAAAGGCUUGGUUGGGGAGAAGGGAAGCAUAAAUAAUCAGUUUUGUUUUGGGGUGUAGUGGGACAUGUUCAAGGAGAACUGGCUAGUAGACAGGUGGAAAUAGGGAUUUGUAAAUAGAGAGAUGAGAUUAUUUGCAUACAGGUGGCGCUUGAAAACAUGAAUGUGAAGAGGUUACCCUGUGAGAGUGCAGAGGGAGAAGAAAAGAGAACUAUGGCUUCUUUGGAGGACUGGCCAGUAGAUCGUGCAAAGAAAACUCAGAUGGGGGCUAUACAUAGCAAUAGAAGAGUGCAUUCAUCAUUUUGGAAUGAUUUGUUAGUAUGUAAAGUUAAGGAUUCACUCAAUAGCCUUGGACGCUUAUAUUGCAAAUAUGACUCACUUGCAUAUUAAUGUGUUAAAAUGUAAGCUAGAGGUUCUCAUGUUUCCCCAUAAGAGCUUAAACUAUUUUACUGUUUGUAUCUGCGGAUGAAUAUAAGCUCUAUAGCUUGAGUCUUGUGGGAUAUGCCUGCUUUACCUCUAAUAUCUGUCUGUCGUCUUUGCUUGUUCUUUCUUUUUUCUGAAGUAGUGCACUACAUUUCAACAGUGCGGCACGUGGACAGCCAUUGCAGUUGUUACCAUUGCUACGGUCUUGAAGUGUUAGUUUGCUGUAGCAUUCCAUCUGGGGCCCACUCUGCCUGCCUCGUCAAUCCCCGGAAUCCUUCGAAUGAUGGCCUCGCAGAUUGUUAUUCCCUUGAAUGCCACUCCUGCUAUGGAGAAGAUUGAGGAGCAGUUUGCUAAUCUGAACAUUGUUAGACGUUCCUCGGGGACUAAAGAGCCUACUUAUCUGCUUGGCAUAGACACAUCCAAGACUGCACAAGCAGAAAAGGGAAGCUUGGUUGCUGUUUUAUGUUCUAAUGGAUCAAUCAGAAUAUAUGAUAAAGAAAGGUUAAACAUACUACGAGAAUUUAGUGGAUAUCCUGGACUUCUUAAUGGAGUCAAAUUUGCAAAUUCUUGUGACAGUGUAUACUCAUCAUGCACUGAUGGCACUGUGAAAUGUUGGGAUGCUCGAGUAGCCAGUGAAAAACCUGUCCAGCUGUUCAAGGGGUACCCUUCCAAUAUUUUUAUUAGUUUUGAUAUCAACUGUAAUAAUCAUGUCAUUUGUGCUGGUACAGAAAAAGUUGAUGAUGACGCCUUGUUGGUGUUUUGGGAUGCAAGAAUUAAUUCUCAGGAUUUGUCUAGUACUAAAGAUCCACUUGGUGCAUAUUCAGAGACACAUAGUGAUGAUAUCACUCAAGUAUGUUUCCACCCCAGCAAUCCCAACAUGGUAGUCUCAGGGUCAACUGAUGGUCUGGUAAAUGUAUUUGAUAUUAGUGUUGAUAAUGAAGAAGAUGCACUGGUUACAACAUGUAACUCAGUUUCAUCAGUAAGUUAUAUUGGUUGGUCUGGGAAAGAUUAUAAACAGAUUUACUGCAUGACACAUGAUGAAGGAUUUUGUUGGUGGGAUCUUAAUCAUCUUGAUACUGAUGAACCAAUUACACGUUUGAACAUCCAGGAUGUCAGAGAAGUAAUUCACAUGAAAGAAGGUACUUUGGACUAUUUGAUUGGUGGCCUGUAUCAUGAAAAGAUGGACAAAUUGUUUGUUGUUGGAGGAACAAACACAGGAAUUAUUCACUUAAUGAGCUGUACCACAUCAGGAUUGACCCAUGUGACCAGCCUGCCGGGAGGGCAUGCCGCUACAGUCCGUUCUUUCUGUUGGAAUUUGCAAGAUGAUUCCUUGCUAACUGGAGGAGAAGAUGCACAGUUGUUACUUUGGAAACCUGGAGCAAUAGAGAAGACAUUCACAAAGAAAGACAGCAUGAAAGUAGCCUCCUCUGUGUACCAGCGAGUUCGCGUUCACAGCAACGAUUCUUAUAAGAGAAGGAAAAAGCAGUGAUGGUACAUUGGGAGUUUACUGGGUAGUUUCAUAGUUGCAAGUAAUUAUUUUUAUGUACUACCUGUCAUAGACAUGUUUAAAGCUCAUAUGUAAAAAUAAGCCAGUUAGCAAACAGUCCUGGAAAAAUGUUGAGAAUGGUUUAAUUCAGGUCGUCAUCUAGUCUAAAAUUAUUUUUUUAAAAAGCCGCCAGUUGAGUAUAUAAUCAGUGAGUUGAAAGUAAAAUUACAUUCCUCAUUUUUAAAACCCAUCUGUUGAGCUAGUAAAUGCUGGUUUAAAGAAAUAGCUUUGGUAAGGACUUUUGAGAAGUAGAUGGCUGGUGUGACUUAAAAAAACAGGUGGUUUGGGCUACGUUUUUUUAAGCUCAAUUUUUUACAUUUAAAUCAUCUUCAUUAUUUAUAAAACGAAGUCAGACUUUUUUUCACUUGAAGAGCUCCUGCUUCCUUAAUACUCAUAGAUUACAUUGGAGCAUUUAAAUGUAAAUGUUCUAAUGAGUCUAAAUAGAAUUAAACUUAUUUAGAAAUAAAGUGAUUUGCAUCUAUUUAGGAAAAAUAUAUUUAGUAAAUAUUUGCAUCUAUACUUUAAUGUUGUUGGUUAAACAGUAAACAGGUGUUUCACUGAUGAAAAGGAAAUUAUCGUGCAAAAUUCAUUUUGAGACUCAAAGUGAAUAUACAAAAUGAAAGUAUUUAUAAUAGCAGAAUGACUAUUUUUAUUUCAAAUGCCUAAAUAUUUUGUGAGAAGAUUUUCUUCCAUAGUGUUUCAUCCAUAAUUUUAAACUUGAAUUUUUGUUUACUGCUAAUUUUUCAUCCUUCCUCUUAAAUAUUUCUCCGAAGAAUCUUAAUUAAAAGUUAAUCUCUCUGAAA